AUGGCCAUGGAGGAGGCUGCGCAGGAGGUGCGGCGCAUCCUCUGUCAGAAUGACGUGGAGGAGACACUCAACUAUCUUUCUACCGUUACGCGAUGCAUCGAGGACAACCAGCACGACCUUCGUGCGGUUAUCGGCAACUCGUAUCGAGAUCUUCUCGGCGCCUGCGAUGGCGUGGUGGGAAUGGAGAGGGACUGCGCAGACAUCCUGACCAUUGAAGAGGCGAUGGAACGGGCUAGUGCGACACGUGACGGAGACGGCCGCGGCAACGCUGAGAUGGACACUGAGCCGUUUCUGCCGCCCUCAUGGUUUGCCGUGCGCCUUCGGCGACAGAGGCGCGCAGCAGCGACUACACUCACGACCACCGCUGACAACAACAAUACCGCCUCGAGCGAUAAAUCGCCGCGCCUGUCGGCGACGAAAGGGUUUGCCGUCACCAACGGCGGAACGAGAAGUGAGGGCGAUCGCGGCGCGAGCGCGACCACCGCGGCGGCGGCGGCAGAUCAUGGCGCGCAUAGAGGAAGGAAGACGGAGUUCAACGCUGCGCUGGCGCUGCCAACCGUCGACUUGCCCUUGCCACACGCAGCACCAACGCACACGAGCACACAGUGCGCACACCGCGAUGCUGUGGUGGUGGACGAAGAGACGGGCCCAGCUGCUCUCGCGGCGCAGCGGAUGCGCUUGGACGAUGAACUGCAGGCGUUGCACCUCGAUUACAUGACGCUGGCGUCAGCAACGGCCUCGAUGGCGAGGGGCGCAGCGGCGGCCGAUGCCGAGCUGUCGAGCCUCCUCGCCGACUCCAGUGCGCUGACGUCUUUGCUGCGUCCGGCGCACCAACAUGACGAGCAGCAGGACCGUCACUCCCCAGGUCCUUCGCACCACGCGGCGAGUGAUGCCGUCGCACUCUCCGCUGCAAGCGGAGAAAAACGCGAGGCCCCUCUGCGCGCCCUGGAGCGAGAUCAACCCCUUGUCCGUCUUGCGCGUCGGCUGCACCGCGUGCAAGCGUCCCUUCGCGUUUACGCAGGCGGCAACAGCGGCGCACAGUCUGCCCAGUGCGUCAGCGACCCCGCCACCGCAUCGUCAGCGGCGCUGGCCGGCUUAAGCGUGGAUAGCACGUUGCACUCCGCUAACCGGCCUCCGUCGUGGGCCACCGGCAUUCAGCGCCGAGCGACGGCCCUCGAGGCGCGACUGGUUAAACUGAUGUUGCUGCGUCUGCGCCGUGCGGCUGACGACUACGCGUCGCUUACCGAGCAGGUGUCGAAGGUCCCAUCCGGGGCUGAUCUGGGGGAGCCCUUGACGGAGGCGAGGGCCAUGCGAGCAGCCGAAGAGCGCCACCGGAUGUAUGUGUGGGUGGUCUUUACGCAAUGCCACGCCGCUCUGUGGGCCCUCCGCGACUCACCUACGCUCGUGAACGCCCUCGUGGCGUGUGCGCCAGGUGCAGCACUGCCGGCGAAGCGUGCGUGUCCGUCAGGGAUAGCAGGCACGGAGUCUGCGGCAGCGCCCCCGACAAUGGCGUCACUUGAUAGCGCUGUGGAUACGUUGUUCCAGCUGGCCACGCAGGACGUGAGGGUCGUCGUUUCGGCGGUCAUGGACGGAGCGGUGUCGGUCGCCUCCGUGCCUGCCGGUCGCACGGCUGGCGAUGAGGCACUUCCCGGUGCAGCUGAUCCGUGCCGGAUGCUGCUGGCGUUUUUGGCGGUGUUGCUGCUGCGCGAGAGUCAACUGAGCGCGGCGCGGUGGGCUGCUGUGGCUCCGUCGUUACUGCCGGCUGCGCUCCCGAGUUCCGGCGCGCAGCCGGCAGUAACGCCGGCGGAUGCUUCUCCACAGCCGCCCCCCGUUCUCCCCGACGGCAGCGUAGGAAACCAGAGCACGAAUGCGGUGGUGGGCCGUACAUCGAACUGCGCGAAGUCCGAGGGCGGUGCGCCGCCGUCAUCGCACACGGCGACUUCGCCCGAGGCGCGCGUCUUUGCGACCGCCACGCACUUAUGGGCGUUGGGGUUGGCGGCAGCUACAGCCGACGGUCCCAAGGCGUCGACAGCGGCGUCUGUGGCGACAGGCAGCGGGACGUCAAACACGGCUUGGGCCUUGCGGUGCUUUUCAGGCCUCGCGCAUCUGCUUCGAGCCUUUGCCGACUACGUCGAUCUGGUGCAGGCCGCCUUGGCCGAGGUAGCCUCGACGCCAGCGGUGCUUGAUAAGGAAACGGCUGCUUUAUACUUGCUGCAGCGCAUCUGCGUAGCAGCUGCGGCGGCGGCCGAGGAGCAGCUCGGAGCCACUGACUACGGCACCAGCGCUGCCGCUCUCGCGCGCCGCGAGGACGAACGGCCGACAUUCCCCACCCCUGCCAUGGCUUCUGGUGCGCGGUCGCUGGAUGAGCUGCUGCAGUGGCGCUUGCGCACGGUCUGCGGGAGCGCUGCUGCCGAGGGUGUGCCUGGGGACGGUCCCGGCACCCCACACGGCUCCCUCAUGGCGGCGGGCGCCGGCGUCCUUCCACCGCCCAUCGGCAGCAACGGCACGCCGAUGACGCCGAUGGGCGGCCCUGAUGGCGUCACGUCGGCAAAAGUGCUUUCCGGUGUGGCGCCGUCGCACUCAGGAGCGGUGGCUCGACGGCGUGCGUACGUGGAGCUACUCCGGGCGAGCGUGAACACGGUUGACGAGUUGCAAGCGAGUGGCGCAUCAGCAACGGCCUUGGGAGGGCGCUCGCUUUCCGUCCGCGCAGAUGUCGCUGCAACAGAAAACACGUCCGCCACCUCCGCAGCGGCAGAGUUGGUGCCGCCGCUGCGGCUUGUGUGCCAUCAGCUGCUCGCGCCUUUUGUGUCGUCGCUGGUGGUGCUGCUUGCGCGCGAUCCGGUGGCGCUGGCGGUGUACGGUGAAGGUCAGAGCAACCCGGACAUCAGGCCUGCGAUGCAAGCGGCGCGCGACGCUCUGGAACGACUGCUGCCGAACGGCACGCAGCAGUGUUCGCUAUCUGGCACGCAGGGCACCCGGAUGCCAUCUAGCUUUUCCGGCCUAGGGCAGACAUGGGCAGCUGUCAGUGCGGCGCGGUGGUGGGAGCUGGUGGAGCAGACGACCAUGCGCGCGGCGCUGCAGAGGUGCGUGACCGUUGCCUUGGAGUCUGUCGGCUUUGUGGAGGCCUGCAUUUCACAGGGCCUAGCAGCCUCUGCAUACCGCAUGCUGCAGAGCAGUGCUGAGAGCAGCCAAACCAAGCUUGAGCAUCGAGUGAGCAGCGCCGGCGGAGGCGGCGACACCUCUCGCGGCCCCACCGGUGCAUCAGCGCUAGAGUGCACAUGGUCUGCACUCUUCUCCGUACUUCGCCUGCAUGCGCUCUCGACCGUGGACUCGUUGAGUGGCGCCGGUGGGGCAGGUUCGCUUGAAGGCGCUGAAAUAUCAAGUGGUACGGAGACGGGGCACGGUGCCGUCCAUGAGUGUGAUGGGGCCACCACCUCAGCGUCGAUCAGUGGACACACUGGACGCCGUGGCGAGAGGGGCAGCCUGUCGUCCGCGAUGACUGGCAUCUGCUGGGACCGUUUCCGGCCGCGAACAGCAACGGGAGCCGCUGACAGCGCACACAGGUCGUUCGGCACGACCUCAGGCGACAGCAUUUUUCGCGAAGAAGGGCUGGAGUGGGGCCGCGCAGCAUACCAGGCGGCGCAGCUGCCUCUGUCAGCGUUGCCCGAUGCGACGAACGCGAAGAGGACGGAGCAGCAGCAGCAGCAACAGCAGCAGCAGCAGACUCGGGGCGGCGCAGCAGUUGACGCUGGGCUGAGCGCCUCGCAGCAGGCGCAGCUCGCGAAGAUCUUAAGUGGCAUGCGCGACAAGCUGUUUCCUGACUGGGUAGUGCGCGGUAUUGAUGAGAACGAGACGACAAGCGGUACCCGGCCCGGCGCUCUUCACAUGAACGGCCACGCUGCGGAGCUGCUGCAUCGGUGUCUGCUGACCCUCGUAGAGGCUGUGCAGGCGCAGACUGCCUCGGUGCAGGCAUCGGCUAGUAAGGACAGUGCAGGAUCACUGCCGUCAACGCCGCCGCUGCUGCACAUGCGCAUUGUGGGGUGGCUAAAGGAUGCGCUCCAUCGUGUAGAGGUGCAGCUGCGCGAUGCCGAGCCGAGCGCGCCCCUCAACGGGGCUAAUGCGACAGUGGUGCACAGCUACGAGCUGUCGCUCCUCGUGCGCGUGUACUUGGAGGUGCUGCAACGACUGCAGAUGGUGGCUCUGCCAAGCGAGGCGACGAAGGUACGGCAACUGUGCACCGAGGCAGAGGAUCUCUACGAACGGGCUCAGACGCCGUGGCAAGACAUGCUAACCCAGUUUUAUCGAGCGGCCCUUCAGCAAGCAUACCACUCGGUGUUACGGCUGCGUGAGAGCGGAGCCGAGGAGCUGAGGCACUCUGCAGCGGCCAGUCGUGCCGGUGCGGCGCUGCGUCGCAUGACGCACUUGAUGGACUCGGCUGCGUGGGUUCGCGCGCCGAUGGCGGGCCCCACCGCGCCAGAUGGCAACAAUCCCAGCGGGAGUCACGGGGUCGCCUAUCCGGUGCAGCCUACUCCCGCUGUCAUGACGCUGACCCAGGUGGUCCUACGCUACUUCCACCAGGCGCUGUACGGUGCGCCAAGCGUGUUUAGCGACUGGCCGGUGCCCUUCAUGUCGUUUCCAUCUCGCACUGGAGCUGCAUACAGCGCCGCUUCUGUACCCGAGCAAGGACAGAGUGGCGCCGCCUCAGCAGCAGCGUCGGUAGGCUUUCGCGACGACAGGGGAUGCCGCUUGCAUGUGUUGGUGACAGGGAAGGUUCAGCAGCGUGCGCUGGAGCGCCUUGCCGCGACAUCGGCGGAGCUCUACGAAUUCGAGCUCUGCCCCCUCGUCGACGUGGUAGGUGGGAACGGUGACAGCGGAGUUGCGGCACGUUUCAGUGCGCUGCCAGCGGGGAACGCUGCGCCCACCACCGCUGCCGCCAAGCAGAACCAGGCGGACGACCUGCGCUUGCAGUGGUACAUGGAUGUCCUUUUCACUUCCUCCGUGUGGUGUGCAGGGAGCGUGAGCGAGGGCGGCAGCAGCAGCAGCGCCGGGCUCUUCGCGCCCGACACAGGCGGUAGCGGCGUUGGCGUGGACGCCACUGCUUGCGUGGCGGAAGGACUGUUGCGGCGCGUCGUGCGCCACCUUGAGAGCACGUGCGAUCCGGUGCGGUGGCGCAGCGGCGUUCCGCUUAUUCUCGCCGCGUAUCGUCAGUUUGUCUCGGCGAGUGCACUCCUGUGGGUAGCGCACAGCAAGGAGCGCCGCGAUGCUGCUGCGGGCGACACGCGCAACGAGGGAGCGCCCUGCGCUACCUCGGUGGCUGCUGCCGCAGCGGCACGACCGUUUAGCGCCACCGGCGCGAUGGCUGCCGAGCCCCCCUUGACUGAGAGGCUUCUCCUUCCACGUGAGGAGGUGAACCGUCUGGCACUGCUGCCGAUUGCGGCGUCGUCGAGCGCGGCGCUGGCUGCCGCCUCUAUAGGGGCCGGUGGCACGCCGUCUGAGGCUGCUGCGCGUGCUGCAGCCCUCGCCCCGCAGACUUACUCACUUCUAUCGCCGAGGGCGUCGGAGUUGAAUCCGUGUGCACCCUCGUCGUCUUCGUCCGUUGGCGUGCCGCCCGCUGGGCCGUAUUGUUUUGGCGGUCCCUCGUCUGCUCUGGCUGCUGCUGCGGCGGCGGGGGCCAGCGGUGGCGUUGGCAUAAACUCCCUUCUUCGCCCCGCCAACGGCGGCCACAGCGCUUCGGAGGCCUUGCUGCUUGGCGGCAUUGGUGCAGCGGACAUGAUCGGGGUAGGUGAGGUCUCCGUCCCGGCGGGUUCGAGCUCGGCGGCGGCAGCCAGCUCACUGUGGGGCACCACCCAACGAGGAUGGAGUCAACUGUGGGGCACGAGCUGA